CUCAAAUUGUGCCAAGCCUGGGAGCGAGCAGGGAUGGUGCACCCCGGCUGGCUCUGCCUGCUGCAGGGCUCCCUCCUCCUGCUGGCCAGAGCGCGGCAGAGCCGCGGCCCCGCCGGCGCCUGCCCGUCCCACGGAAAGCAAAGCGAGCUGAACUCCUUCCUGUGGACCAUCAAGAGAGAUCCCCCGUCUUACUUCUUUGGCACUAUCCAUGUUCCGUACACACGUGUCUGGGAUUUCAUCCCAGAGAACUCCAAGAAGGCCUUCCAGCACAGCCACAUUGUGUACUUUGAGCUGGACCUCACUGACCCCUACACCAUCUCCGCUCUCACCAGCUGCCAGCUCCUGCCACAGGGGGAGAACCUCCAGGAUGUGCUGCCCCAUGACAUCUACCACCGGCUCAAGCGGCACCUGGAGUAUGUCAAGCUCAUGAUGCCAUCCUGGAUGACCCCAGACCAGCGGGGCAAAGGGCUGUAUGCAGACUACCUCUUCAACGCCAUUGCAGGCAACUGGGAGCGGAAGAGGCCGGUGUGGGUGAUGCUGAUGGUGAACUCUCUGACGGAGGUAGACAUCAAGUCGCGAGGCGUGCCUGUCCUGGAUCUGUACCUGGCCCAGGAAGCGGAGCGGUUGAAGAAGCAGACUGGGGCUGUGGAAAAAGUGGAGGAGCAGUGCCACCCGCUCAAUGGGCUGAACUUCUCCCAGGUGGUCUUUGCUUUGAAUCAGACUCUCUUGCAGCAGGAGAGCCUCCGAGCAGGGAGUUUCCAGAUCCCCUAUACGACAGAAGAUCUUAUCAAGCAUUACAACUGUGGAGACCUCAACUCCAUCAUCUUCAACCAUGACACUUCUCAAGUCCCAAAUUUCAUUAAUGCUACACUUCUGGCCCAUGAACGCAUUACUGCCCAAGAGAUAGACAGCUACUUCCGUCAGGAGCUCAUCUACAAGCGAAAUGAGCGAAUGGGCAGGAGGGUGAAGGAUCUGCUGGAAGAGUACCCAGACAAGAGUUUCUUCUUUGCAUUUGGAGCUGGUCACUUCAUGGGCAACAACACAGUGAUUGAUGUUUUGAGGAAAGAAGGGUACGAGGUAGAACACACUCCAGCUGGACAAGCCAUCAACAAAACCCCCCCCAAAACCUUGUUAGCCUUUUCAUCAUCAUCACCGGCACACAGCGCCUAUGUCACGUCCCAAGAGCUCCCACUGCCGUUGCAUGCCCGGAAGGAGGAGGAGGAGGAAGAAGUCCUACCUCACCUGCUGCUCCCUGACAGCAUCGACAUGCUGGAGAAGGUAGACAGGAAGUACAAAAAGAAGAAAAAGAAGCAGCAGAAGAAGCAAAAACUGCGACAGUUUAAUGACCUCUGGGUUCGCCUUGAAGAAAGUGCUACGGACCCUCCUCCCCGGAUCCGCAUCAUUAACGGCUACAUCACGGUUGAACCGCAGCCCCGGGGCCACAGACGGUCUAGUCACGCUCGUGCAGACACUGGCAGCGCUCACCAGCUUUCCCGUUCCAUUUUCCUCCCACUAUUGACUUUGACUUUACAUAUGAUAAGGCUGCAUUGAAACACAGGGGGAGACAAACUGCAGGGAACUCACCUUAAAAAGCGAAAAAAAGAAACUUACGUGAAAAAAAACAGAAAUAGAAGACUGAGUGGGACACCUGUUCUUUCAGGUGUUCUUAAACUGCCUCCUUUUCCUGAAUCUGGAUCAUUAACACUAUUAACUGGUUUGACCUGCCCAAAGCAGGAGAAGAUAUUUUAAUGAAAGUGUUAGUUAUCCUUCUCUUGCAGAAGAAUGAUUUCAUGUUAUCCCAUAAUGCUUUGGGGAGAUUAUAAUGUUUGCUAUAACAUAGCUGUUGUUUAGCUGUAUGAGCCCAACUAAAUUACACUUUUUUCACCUUCAGUGCCUUGUAAGAAGAUUUACACACACUAACUUGUUUGUUAGACCAGAAUAUCUUGGUCAUACAAGCACAGCUGGGAAAGAGAGGUUAGUAUUUUAUGUCUCUACUGGGUAAUACUUUUAAUUCUUGCUCGUUAGGGCUCCAGAUUACAUUUAAAGGUUCAUGACAACACCUUCUACAAUAGAAUAAACCACUAAAGACUUCUGAACACAGAAUGUUUCUGCCGCCUGUUUGGUGCUGUUGUAAGAUGGGUACACCUGGACCUCCAAUGGCCAGACAAGUUUCAUAAGCACAAACUAAUAUAUGUUUAAGAAAAAAUAUAACCUGGGAGCUUCGCAAUCAUACUGUUGGAUGCUUCCAAAACAGGAAGUUCUCAAGAGCUGAUCUGAGAAAUCCAGAUGCAGGUUUUCCCUCUCUUUCUACAUCACAAAUACAUAGUUAUUUUAUAGAUGGAAUCACUUUUGGGGAUAAAGGGCUUUCUUUUCCUUUUCUGCACAGUUAGACUUCAUUCUAGGAAAUCUUUGCAAGUUUUCCACCAAUUUCAAUGGAAAUUCUCAGACUUUCCAAAUUGUUUUAAGUCCUUUGCUGUCUACUUAAAAUGGACAUGCUGUUGACUGUUGAAUGUAGGAGGCUUGGAAGUGGUGAUGAAUGGUUUUCUCUGUUUGUGCAGGACAACCUCAUUAUCACACUGACUUGUUUAGCGAGCAACAUAUCCCUCCCUCAUCUGAGGAGGGUUUCAUUGCCUGGGAAGGUCUCAUAGGAUUCACCCAUGGGAAGGCUUGGAGCCAAUGUGCUGAGCCUUGUACCUUGGAAACACAGCAGUCACCUGGCCAAGCGAGACAACAGACCCUCAGGUUUUCCUUCCUGUGCAUGUACAUAUGCUUUGCUGCUUUUUUCAUUGCCUCUAAAAAGUACCUCUUCUCAUUCUUCUACUGCACAUGGGAGGAGGAAAAGCAAAUGGUUCUAGCUUUCUUAACAGUUCUUUAAUCUCUUAAUCUCAGAUUUCAGACCCCCCUUCGGAAGAACUGAAUCUGAACAAAUUCUCAAUUUGCUGAGGAAAACUGAGAAAGGAGAGGCUAAAUACCACAGUUUGCAGCCACACUGUGGGGAAAGAAAUAUAUCUAGGCUGAGGCAGAAGAUGGAACCAUCUCAUUGUAUGUUCCUUCUUAUAGGGACUACUACAAGACUUCAGGGUCCUGAAUGCGUUCUGGCUUCCUUGGCUUUACACAGCAGCCGGGCUGGUGAUGUGCCGUCCCUUGUCUCUCUCUCUGGUUGAUCUUUCACUGUCAUAGGCCUGGUGGGUCCAGAGCUGUUUUCCUUGGCCUGAAUAUGACCUGAGGGGAGCAGAUUAGAUGGCAGAUAGCGUGGUUACAAGAUGCACUGCAGGCCUGACAAACUGAGCACGUGUGUACUUACCAGUGCACCUGAAGGGGCAUCAGAUACAUUAUGUCCAAGUGUGUUCUGCCACUUGCUACUCUAUGCAUUGGUAGUGCUUCUCCUCCCCCUCUCCUCUGUCCUUCAGAAGUGCAUGAAGAGGUAUGGCACAGGUCCAAAGGGCUCUGGAAGCACUAGGAGAAGGGGCUGAGGCAUUUCUUUUCUCCAUUACAAGACAAAGGCUGCUGUGUAAAAUAGCCCCAGACUGACCUUUCCCUUUGUUCCCUCCUCCAUGGUUGCUCCUGAGUGUCACCUCUGUGAAAGGAGCUGAGUGGAACAGCCAUGAACGUUUUUCUUAGGUUGGCAUGAGGGAAGAGUAAUUAUAAAACACUCAGGAGUAACAGAGACCUGAAGCAGCACUAUGGAUAAUUCAGUUCUGGUGGCAUAACUUAUUUUGUAGCCUGUGUCCGAGUGCCUGACUAUGUCAGGGAAAUAAAGAUGUCCUUAAACUGUGAUUGAUUGUGUGCCCACAGAAGCUCCAUCCUGGGGGUCUUUCUGCAAAGUAAUCAGAUUCUUUCAAGAUAUUCUUGAGGGUCUCAUGAGCUUGGCUUGGUACCUGUGAACUAACCAAGUGGUUCCUACCCCUCACUUUUUCUUCCAGAGUAGUCUUUGCCGACUGGCCAUAGGACACCAAAGUCUUGAAACUGUGACUGGUAUGGAGAGCAGAGCCUUACUUAACUGCACGUGCUACUCAGCUGUUUACAGUGACCACUGGGGAGUGCUACACUGAGGUCCAGUUGUUUCUCCUUAGUUCCAGAAUAAGAAAAGUUUACCAGGACUGGAACAGCCUGAGGAGCCAUCCUAAUGGCCAAGGUCUGCUCAGGUAUCACCCUUCUUUGAGCAGGAGAGCAUCAGGAAAGCAACCGGUCCCAUCAUGUGCCUGGAAGACUUCACUGUCCCUCUAUCUGUCCCUCCCAAGCAGCUGAGAUAGUUUUUGUGGCCUUGCAAGUGAGAUACUGUCAGGCUUGUGAUGAGUAGCAGACUUGACUCAGAAAUAACUGUGAAAGGUGCAGGUACUCCUUUCGUCAGUGCAAGGGCUGAAAUCUCAUGUUGUCUCCUGAGCUAGGUGCCUCUGCAUUCUCUAACUGCUAUUACAAAGUGUUUGUUACAUCUGAACAUCCUGGUCUCCCUUUUCCAUUCUCUUUCCUUUGUACUUACUGAUUAACCUGUGCACUUUGCUGUUCCCCUUCUUGCUUAAAUAGUUCUCAUAAAUCCUCUCUCCAAUGUUCUCUGUUAACAGAUCUGUUUUGAGAUGGUUGGGACUCUUGCCAUGGGUUCCUUGUGGUCAAGAUUCUCUUUCUCUGUUGGGAGGCUCCUAUUUGAAAAGUUAUUAGCAGAAAUUAGAAACCUACUCACUUCAAAAUGUACUAGUUUGAUAAUAUAUUCUACACACCACCUGAUCAAAUUGUAAUGUUGGAGAGUAUAUGUUAUAACUAUUGCUGAUUUUCAGCAGUGUAUUGUGAAUUCUUGUGAAUAUUUGUUGCUUGACUAAGCUUGACUAAUGGACUACUGUAUUAUGAUAUAUAUGCUUUUUAAUUAUGUUAAAACUUCACAUUUAUGUAUAUAGCAAGGAAAAAAAAGGCAGACAAACAUCCUCCUUGGGAAAAGGGCUUGCUGUUUCCUGAGAUAGUCAGCACUUGCACUUUAUUUCUACUUGCUGAUAAAUGGACCAGGCGUUAGACACCAUUUAUUUUGAACUUAUUUACCUUCCAACAGCUACCUCCUGCAAUUUCACAGCUUUUUCUUUCUGCUGCUGCAUUGAAGCUUUAUUUUCUGAUAUGGUAUUUGGUUAGCAACUAGGAUUCCUUGCAAAGCACUGCAGGAGGCAUGACUUCACUCAAUGUGCUUUAAUACACAGUAAUGUGCUCCUACCUGACACAGAGUUUCUGUGAACUGUGAAUGCUCCUUAGCAAGCUGGUGAUGCAGUGCUGGUUUACUUUCAAACUCUUUCAGAUUGGGAUGUGAAAAAUAAAAACACUUAAAAAAAUAACGUUCUUGUUGUUUAGGUAUGGUCUAAAAAUGUACACAUCCCUCCUAAAUAAUAAUUACAACAAUGUGAGAGGGGAUCAAUAAACUUUGUGGAUUACCUCAUUCUAACUUCUGACAUGCCUUAAGGACCUUGCAUGGUUUUGUUAUUUUAAAGGUGCAGAAGCAUAAAAGAACACAAAGUAAUGCAAAAAACCUUGCUCAGUGAUUUGUAUUUCUUUCUUUUCACUUUGAAACUUUUGAAAGUGGGUGUUUUUUCCUGUUUUUAACCAUUCAUAUAGCAAAAUUACACUUCUAAAACAGAUUAGAGGGAAGAACUGCAGGAGUUACAUGAGGCAGGUAAAUAAAUAAAAAUUAAGAAAUCUAAACAUAUUGUUUCUUUUUUUUUUUUUUUUUCCCCUCUGUGUUCCUUCUGUACUCUCUGCAACAACACUUCAGGGGAAAAUAUCGCACUCUUUAAGUAGGGAAAACAGCCAGGCACUGAAAGAGCAGAUCCCUCUCUUUGAACACCACGGUAGUCUUGUGGCUGAUCUUUCUUGUCUCAGUAGAGUUGAAAGCACAAUUACUCCUUAAAUAUGAUAACAAGCUAAUAUAGUUCAGUGGGUUGUUAUAGCCUCUUUUGAUCAGCUAUUUAAAACACUGUGACACAGCCAGUGUGUAGAAAUCAGGCUGAAACCUCUUAGAUAACCAAGAAAUGUGCUUUAGAAGAUG